AUGGAGCUCAUACUAAAGAAGCGGAAAUUGCUUACUCUCGCGGAAGGAGAAAGGAAGCGGCCAGACCCUACCAUCCCUGACAACACUGCUUCAACAUCUUUACCUCCUCAAUCACCGCUUGAUCAAUGGGAUGAUGACAACGGAACUAUUCUACAUAUAGUUACAAAGUCCGUUGAUAACAAACUCAAAUCCCUACUGGAGGGACUAACAUCGGCAGCCGAAGCUUGGAGCCGAUUAACAACCCAUUUCAAAACUCGCACCCAUUCCACUACCAGCCAUACCACACAAUCCCCUAUUCCAUCUCAGGAUAAUUCACGGACUUCAAGGAAGUCGCCCCUGAGUCAUAAACCGAAGUCAGCCAACUCCACGUCAAAAUCUUCCGAGAGGCCGAAGUGCCUAAAUUGUCGAAAAUUCGGACAUGUGGUGGAAGUAUGUUGGGCUGAAGGGGGUGGAGCUGAAGGAGUCAGCCCAAAGAGGAAGAAGCCGAAGGGACAGGGAACUGGUGAAAGGUCUGAAGGAUUAGCCUGGACGACAAGACAAGAUUGGAAACAAUCUGAGACUCACCAAACCUAUACUGCACACUCGGAUGAGGACACUCUCCGCACUCGCAGAAGUUCCCGACAUAUCCAUUUCAUCAUCGACUCUGGAGCAUCGUCACAUAUGACAAAUGAUGCCUCCCAUUAUUCCUCUUUCCAUAAACUCGAAACCCCGACUCUGAUA